AUUCUCUACAUCGCACUGGUAACUCCUUUUGUGGUGUUUAUUGUUAUUAACGGUUGGCAAAGCAGCUGCACGGCGCAUCAGCGCCACCUCUGGCCGUUAUGUUUUGAUUGCGAUCAGUCGACGUUUGCUCACAAAACAUUUCCUGUAUAUAAAAAUAUGAUUUUAAAAUGAAUGCGAGUAUGUAUUGAGGAUCUACAGUUCGGUUCGCUUUCUCGAUUGAACACGUUUGGACCGUCUCAUGGGCAGUCGUCGUGCUAUUCCACCAUGGGUCACGUGACCAUGUUCCUGGAAAGUUCCUGGAAGAGCAGCUUUACGUUCACGCUAUUUUUCUCUCUUUUCACGCGUUUCAAUCGUGGCUUUCCUUUGGUCCGACUGUGAGCAGCAUGUCGGCGCACAAAGAUGAUCGAAUGUCGUUCCGCCAGGCUGCCGUGGAAUCAAAUAUGGAAGCUGAGAUAUGAAAAGAUGAGUGAGGACACAAAAUGUUGACGACUGCUCGCGCGCACUGAGGACGUUUGGAGGUGCGAGGGUGACAAACAAGACCGACAAGAGCCCAGUGAGUAGAGUCAUCGCGGUCGUCGCCGACGAUUGAUCGCGUCCAUCGAUGACCUGUCAGUCGUCCGAGUCCACCGACGCCCCGGCGGACCCCGACCGGAGGCGUGUGGCCCUGGCCAUGAAAGAGCUCAAGAACGCAGGCUGGUACUGGGGCAGCCUGACGGCCAACGAGGCCAAAGACGUCCUUCGGGACGCGGCGGAGGGAACCUUCCUGGUGCGGGACAGUUCGCAGAGGGACUUCCUGUUCACCAUCUCCGCCGUGACGUCGGCGGGUCCCACCAACCUGCGCAUCCGCUACGACGGCGCCAAGUUCAAGUUGGACUCGGUGGUGCCGGUCAGGCCCAAACUCAAACAGUUUGACAGCGUGGUGCACCUGGUGGAGCAUUACGUGCAGCUGUCGCGGGCCGCCGCCGCCGCGCCGCCCAACGGGACUGUCCCGCUGCUGCUCACCCGACCCGCUUACGCCGCCGUGCCGCCGCUGCAGCACCUGAGCCGCGUGGCCAUCAACAGACGCACGCGGCGCGUUCACGACCUGCCGCUGCCCAACAGGCUCAAGGACUACUUGACCGACUACUUCUACAACGUGUAGCGGGCCCGCCGCCGCGACAUUCCGGCACAUUCGCACUUUUAGACCGAAAGGUGCUUCUCCACUACUUCCUGCGGGUUUAAACCGGAGCUUGUCAAACUUUUGGGGCUGCGGGGAGAAACCGAACUGCCGUGUGUACCCCAAAAUGCCUAAGGAAUCAAGAAGUUGAAUCAUGAACUUUGUUCUCGUCAAAGAAUGAGACUAUAUUCUUGAAAAAACUACGACUGCUUUUCAAAGAAAAGGGGACUACAGUGAAUAGCCAAAAUCAAAAACUGGAAUAACCCUAACCUUAUUUGACGGAGCCCCAAGCUGCCACUCGCAGACCUUCGGAGUGGACACCGAGGUUUGGUGAACUCAACCAAAAUUCCAGCGUGCCGGUGGUGACGUCGGUGGGUUUCCGCGACGUCGGGCACACGCGUUCCCGUGGCGUCCGUCUCAGGUAAACGGACUGCCGAUGAUGCUGUUGUCUUUUUUUGAAGGACAAUCUCCUCACUUGCGGUGGUUUUUCGGGGGGUAUAUUUUCUUGAUGCCGCAGCCCGUUAGAAAUAUUUAUUGAUGGCGUUACACUGAAUGAUGACGAAGCAUGUUGACGAGAUUGUGUUGACUUCAAUACAAUUUUAUUGAAACUC